CUUACCAGUGGGUUGGCACAACGCACCCCUGUGCAUUAUAGCAAAAUCCACUUCCAGAGGCAACAACCUCUUUAGUCGUCCUCCACCUGUAAAUGUAAUUCACAAAAAUAAAAGCUUAACACAAGCAAGCAAACAAACGCUGUUUUAUCUAUCUUUCUUCUCCUAAUUUUUCAUUCACAUAGACAUACACAUAGACAUAGUGAUAUCUGAUAUCUCUCUAUCUCUCGCAUGGAUUUCUUCAAAGCCGUAUUCGCCGACGAUCCACCGGACCCUCCACGACCCGAUUCACCAGAACCCGUAAACCAAACCGACCCAGAUCCCAAUCCUCCUCCAAAUCCUAAUUCUCCGACUAUUGGCGGCAGUGGUGGGUGGAGCUUUGGGGGUCUGAUCAAAACCCUAACCACCAAAUCCGAGUCUGUCAUCGAGACCUACCGUCGUGACCUCAAGGAAUUCGGGUCGGGUCUGAAGAAGGAGAUCGAGGUGGCACAUGGGUCAUUGGAGAAUGUCACCCACGUUAUCGACGAGAUUGGUACCUCUGUGAUCAAAGGGACGGCCCAGAUCAUCUCCCAAGGUAAGGACGCAAUCCUAGCCGAUGAUCUUGAAUCUGAUUCUGAUAACAACAAUAGUUCUAGUAGCAAACAAUUGGGGUUGAAUUCGAAGCCUUACAGUAGGUUUGAGUCUCAGGUUCGUGUAAUUCAGGGUGAGGAUAGCACGUACUGUGAGGAUCCUGAGGAUUUGGGUGAUUUUAAUAAGUGGAAAUUAGGGUUUGAUUUGGGGGAAAAGAGUGAGGAAGUUGAGGUUCUGAUGGAAGAAAAUGGGGUUGUGGAGAGUGUGUACAAAAGGGUUGUUCCCAAUACUGUGGAUCAUGACACAUUUUGGUGUAGGUAUUUUUAUAGGGUUUAUAAGGUCAAGCAAGCUGAGGAUGUUAGGGCUAAUCUUGUGAAGCGCGCGAUUUCAAGGGAGGAGGAGGAUUUGAGUUGGGAUGUCGAUGAUGAUGAUGAUGAUGAUGAGAAGGAGGACGGGGUGGAGGAGAAUAAUGUGGUGGCAAAGAUGGAGGUAAUGAAGAAUAUUGAAGUGGGUAGUGAGGACAAGGAGUCGGGGGUUGAAGUGGUGAAAAAGAGUUCCAAUGUGGAGGAAAUGGAAAUUGUUGGUGAAGAGGGUAAUGAUGUAGUCGUGAAAGGGGAGGAGAGGAGGGAAUUGAGUGGUAAAGGUGAUGAGAAAAGUGUGAAGGAGAAGGAGGAUGCUGUUGAGGAAUUUCAAGGUGAGGAAGGCGAGAAGAGUUCUGAUUUGGAGGAGGGAAGGAAGGGGAGUGUUGGGGAAUCAAGUGGUGAUAAGGAGUCUGAUGAGAAAAUGCGUUUGGGAGGGGAUUCUGAGGUGAAUAAGAAUGAUUUGGUAUUGAAAUCUGAUGAGAAGGUGGUUUCAGACGGAAAGGCUGACUCAGGUGAGUCUUGUAAAGAUAGUGACUUUUCUGUGGUUUCAACUCAACCCUCAAUGCCCGAGGAAGAUGACCUUGGGUGGGAUGAGAUUGAGGAUCUUAGCAGCAUUGAUGAGAAGAAAGCAACUCAUGGUGGAAGCCCCAACAGAGCUGAUGUGCGGAAGCGGCUGAGUGCCACAGAAGAAGAGGAGGACUUGAGUUGGGAUAUUGAAGAUGAUGACGAGCAUGCUAAAGCUUAAUUACAGCUUACACGUUUAUGUUUUUCAUUCUUAUAAAUAUAUCUCAUUUCCCAUUCUGUUAUAUUUUCCUCCAUUUUUUUUGGGUUCUCUUCUUUAGUCAGUUUAAACUUCAAAAUGAAACUGUGAUUGUGUAUCUCUUAAUGUAUGGAGUUGAAGCAACAAUGUCCAUAAUAAUAUUCCUCUUCAUUUGAUUGUAUCUA